AUGAACGAGAAAUACAAGGUACAAAUAGUUGUGCAAAAACUGUUACCAAGUCUAAGAUCCAAAGUAAUUGGCAAAGAACCAAUGACCUUCAUCGACCUACGCCAUGCCAUGGAUCUAGGAAAGGCGGAACUGGACUGCACAACUGAGGCAGAGGUCUCUCCCAUAAAAAUGGUUUCAGAUGUAGCAACAAAGCUACAGAACCUGAAAACAGAGGUGUCGGCAGAGAUCAACUCUCAGCAGUAUCAGCCACAGCAGCAGUACCAACCACGGCAACAGCAGCAGUAUCAGCCACAGCAGCAGUACCAACCACGGCAACAGCAGCAGUAUCAGCCACAGCAGCAGUACCAACCACGGCAACAGCAGCAGUAUCAGCCACAGCAGCAGUACCAACCACGGCAACAGCAGCAGUAUCAGCCACAGCAGCAGUACCAACCACGGCAACAGCAGCAGUAUCAGCCACAGCAGCAGUACCAACCACGGCAACAGCAGCAGUAUCAGCCACAGCAGCAGUACCAACCACGGCAACAGCAGCAGUAUCAGCCACAGCAGCAGUACCAACCACGGCAACAGCAGCAGUAUCAGCCACAGCAGCAGUACCAACCACGGCAACAGCAGCAGUAUCAGCCACAGCAGCAGUACCAACCACGGCAACAGCAGCAGUAUCAGCCACAGCAGCAGUACCAACCACGGCAACAGCAGCAGUAUCAGCCACAGCAGCAGUACCAACCACGGCAACAGCAGCAGUAUCAGCCACAGCAGCAGUACCAACCACGGCAACAGCAGCAGUAUCAGCCACAGCAGCAGUACCAACCACGGCAACAGCAGCAGUAUCAGCCACAGCAGCAGUACCAACCACGGCAACAGCAGCAGUAUCAGCCACAGCAGCAGUACCAACCACGGCAACAGCAGCAGUAUCAGCCACAGCAGCAGUACCAACCACGGCAACAGCAGCAGUAUCAGCCACAGCAGCAGUACCAACCACGGCAACAGCAGCAGUAUCAGCCACAGCAGCAGUACCAACCACGGCAACAGCAGCAGUAUCAGCCACAGCAGCAGUACCAACCACGGCAACAGCAGCAGUAUCAGCCACAGCAGCAGUACCAACCACGGCAACAGCAGCAGUAUCAGCCACAGCAGCAGUACCAACCACGGCAACAGCAGCAGUAUCAGCCACAGCAGCAGUACCAACCACGGCAACAGCAGCAGUAUCAGCCACAGCAGCAGUACCAACCACGGCAACAGCAGCAGUAUCAGCCACAGCAGCAGUACCAACCACGGCAACAGCAGCAGUAUCAGCCACAGCAGCAGUACCAACCACGGCAACAGCAGCAGUAUCAGCCACAGCAGCAGUACCAACCACGGCAACAGCAGCAGUAUCAGCCACAGCAGCAGUACCAACCACGGCAACAGCAGCAGUAUCAGCCACAGCAGCAGUACCAACCACGGCAACAGCAACAGUAUCAGCCGCAGCAGCAGUACCAGCCCCAACAACAGCAGCAGUAUCAGCCGCAGCAGCAGUACCAACGUGACAACAGCAGCAGUAUCAGCCACAGCAGCAGUACCAACCACGGCAACAGCAGCAGUAUCAGCCACAGCAGCAGUACCAACCACGGCAACAGCAACAGUAUCAGCCGCAGCAGCAGUACCAGCCCCAACAACAGCAGCAGUAUCAGCCGCAGCAGCAGUACCAACGUGACAACAGCAGCAGUAUCAGCCACAGCAGCAGUACCAACCACGGCAACAGCAGCAGUAUCAGCCACAGCAGCAGUACCAACCACGACAUCAGCAGCAGUAUCAGCCACAGCAGCAGUAUAUGCGGCAGUAUAA